AUGGGCCUUGCAACUGCGCAACUUCUCUACGCUCGAGGUGCCUAUUUGUCGCUCGCAGACAUUGGAAGCUUGGAAGCCGCUCUGCCGAAGAUAACAGGAUCGAACGAAGCUCUAGACAACACGAGAGUUGUAACGUUUGAAGUCGACAUCAGGAGCAGCGAGCAGGUAAAUAAUUGGAUUGACGCGACGAUGAAGCAUUUUGGGCGUAUAGACGGUGCAGCCAACAUUGCUAGUGUCUUGGGAAAGUCAUUUGGUAUAGGCAACCUAACAGAGAUAGAUGACCAAGAGUUCGACUAUAUCACAAGUGUGAACCUGAAAGGCCUCUUCAAUUGCAUGCGAGCUGAAUUGAGAGUGAUGAAAGACGGAGCUAGCAUAGUCAACGCCUCAAGCUCGAUGAACUUAGAGGUUCAUCCAAAAAAUUCUGUCUAUUCGGCAACGAAACAUGCCGUCAUAGGCUUGACCAAGAGCGCGGCAGGAGAGUUUGGUGGGCGAGUGAUACGAUUAAAUUCUGUUGCUCCUGGUACAAUCAAAACUCCCAUGGUCGCUUCGGUCGGUGGCCUGGACAAAGGGAAUAUGUCAUCAGUAGUUGCCCGUGUGCCACUGAAUCGGAUGGGUGAAGCAGAAGAAGCGGCAAGGGCUUUUUGCUUUUUGCUGAGCGACGAAUCCAGCUACAUGACUGGAACGACCGUUAUAGCGGACGGAGGGAUGCUAUGCUAG